AAGCACACCGUAUAUUCAUGUAGUGCUGCACAGAAGAUCAUAAGUUUUUUUUAAACGAGACCACAAUAUCAAAGGCAAGGAAAAAUAUUCUCUUUCACGAGGUAACCGCACACAGAAAGAGAGGAGAGAGAGGGAAGGAUUGAUAUUUGCUGUAACGGAAUCGAAAAGUAGAAAGGUGAAAGAGGUAGCAGAAGCUCUGGAUUUCCGUCGGCGGCGACGGUGGUUAUGCCUGUUGGCUCUGAGGUUGUAUCAGGCUUAGUUUUGGGUGGAUUGUGUGUUUUUUUUCUGAGAUAUGGAGCAAGUUCUCGUCUGGCCAAGCUGCUUCCAUCAUCGGCUUUUCUCUUUCCAAGAAGCGCUUGAUUGGCGGUUUCUUGUUCGUUCUGAUUUCCUUGUUGGCUCUUUCGUUAACUGCACUUAGUUCUCAAACUCUCUCCUAUCAUCUUUAGGGAAGGCGUGAGGCAAACAGGUUGAAGUCUGCAAAUUCUUCCUUCGCAUAGUCCUAAAGAAACCUCUUUAUCUGCCCCCUGCUGACAAAAGCUUUGUUAGCCCCCUCUUCCAUUUCUUGUUCUUAUGGGCGCUGGUUGAAGAAGAAUAUACCAAUUUCCUUUUCAAGUUUACAUGAUGCUAUUUUCUUGAGUCUGAACCCCUACCUGAGUUGUUGUGAGCUUCGGGUCCUUCCUGUUAGCCAACACAUUUUGGUUCCUUUGUGUCUUUGAGUUCUCAGUAUGUGUUUUCCUCUUCUCUUGCUCUCUUUCUUUUUCCUUAAUGGUCAACCCAUUGGUUCUCAAAGUAAAUAACGGUCAGUCUACCCAGCUGGAGAAUCAUUGGUUUUACUGCUUUGGUGUCCAGUCCUUGCUACGAACUACUGAAAGAUUAAUGCUAUAUAAAUCUUUCAGAAGUUCUUUACAUACAUAAAAAGUAAAAUAAAAUAAAGAGGUUACUUUGCUUUACCGGAGAGAAUAUGGACAGGUACAAGUUAAUAAAAGAGGUUGGUGAUGGAACUUUUGGUACUGUUUGGCGAGCUAUCAAUAAGCAAACGGGUGAAGUUGUUGCAAUUAAGAAAAUGAAAAAGAAGUACUACUCAUGGGACGAAUGCAUUAAUCUGAGAGAAGUGAAGUCCCUUAGGAGGAUGAAUCAUCCAAACAUCGUGAAGCUGAAGGAAGUCAUCCGGGAACAUGAUAUCCUAUACUUUGUCUUUGAGUACAUGGAGUGCAAUCUUUAUCAGCUUAUGAAGGAUCGAAAAAAGCUUUUCGCAGAAGCUGAUAUUAGAAACUGGUGCUUUCAAGUCUUCCAAGGCCUUUCUUAUAUGCAUCAGCGUGGUUACUUCCACCGCGAUCUUAAGCCAGAAAAUCUAUUAGUCUCUAAAGACAUCAUCAAGAUUGCUGAUUUUGGUCUGGCAAGGGAGGUUAAUUCGAGUCCACCUUUUACCGAGUAUGUUUCUACACGCUGGUAUAGGGCACCUGAAGUACUCCUUCAGUCAUAUGUAUACACAUCAAAAGUUGAUAUGUGGGCGAUGGGAGCUAUUAUGUCUGAGUUGUUGUCUCUUCGUCCUAUAUUUCCAGGGGCUAGUGAAGCAGAUGAAAUCUACAAAAUCUGUGAUGUCAUAGGCAGUCCAACUGAAGAGACCUGGUUAGAGGGACUUAAUCUUGCAAACACCAUAAACUAUCAAUUCCCCCAGCUUUCUGGCGUUCCUCUUUCAAGCCUGAUGCCAUCUGCUAGUAAAGAUGCAAUUAAUCUUAUUACGCGGCUUUGCUCCUGGGAUCCAUGCAACAGACCGACUGCUGCGGAGGCCCUGCAGCACCCGUUCUUUCAGAGUUGCUUUUAUGUCCAACCAUCUCUCCGACCCAAACCAUCUGUUGCAAGAACUCCGCCUGUUGGACCAAGGGGAUCAUUCGAGCAGCAACCAGUUAAACGGCAACCAGUGUCUCUUGCUAAAGCUAAGACCUUCAACAGCCAUUCUUCUCCAAAGUCGAAUGCUGCUUUUGGUAGUGGUGUCCAUAGGAAACUCGAUUUGGCUAAACAAGAUGCUACGAGAAACACUAAACCUGUGAGAAGUUCCGUCAAAGACACCAUAUACAGACCACCCGGAAGAAAGAGUCCUUGUAAUGCAGCAGGUUCAUCGGUGAACAAGAACCGUGUCGCUCGUGGUGUAUCUGAAACUGGUGAUAAGCUCUCGAACAUGAGCAUCAGAGGAACCGUGUCUAGAAGACACUCAGUGUCUGUGAUGCAGCAACAGCAGCUGAAGCCGCUGCAGAUGAAGGCAGGAUGUGUAGGAGAAACACGUGACAUGUUCAUUAGACCAACACAAUCCACCACCAAUGCCUACUCUAGGAAAGUCGCCGGCUGACCCAAAAUAAAAAAAACCUCAACACAAGCCUCUUCUGAAGAAUACUUUUACGAUAAAUAUCUUACUCUAUACUCUGGUUUGUCCAUAAAAUCAAAUACCUUAAUGUCUUUUCAGUUACACGACGGUCAUGUGUCGUCUGCAGCUCUUGUUUCAUUUUCUUUUCAUACUUUCGGUCGUGUGAUGGUUUGUAUUAUGCGUGACGAUUGACUUGAUGGUUUGCAAUAAAGUUCGACUUGGGACUA